AUGGCGGCGUGUAGUUUUGAUAUGCUAUUCACUUAUGUCAAUACCGGAUGGGAAGGAUCAGCUGCUGAUUCCAGAGUGUUAACUGAGAUUUUAAGAAAUCCAGAUGACCCAUUCGUGGCGCCACUCCCACCAAAAUAUUACGUUGUGGAUUCCGGUUACAGCAACACGCAAGGCUUUUUGGCACCAUUUCGUGGUCAGAGGUACCAUAUUCAACAGUUUAGAAACGGUGGCCAACCAACGGGACCACAAGAGUUAUUCAAUUAUUAUCACUCCUCACUGCGUAAUUGCAUAGAGAGUUGCUUUGGGGUCUUGAAAGCAAGGUUUACAAUUCUUAAGCAUAUGACAAAUUAUUGGAUGCCAAGACAAAAUAGUAUACCAAUAGCUUGUUGUGUGAUCCACAAUUUAAUUAAGAUGCACGCGCGAGAUGAUCCCCUAUUUAGACAAUAUGAGGUCGAUUUGCCCGUAGAAGAUAUUGAAGGAGAGGGAGAACAAGAAGGACAACAGGAACAACAACAUGGUAUGGAUACACAAGAAGCAGAAACAUCUGAAAUGGAUGGUCGGCAACAACGUAAUUACAUGGUUGAUUUUAGGGAUCAUCUAGCUAAUCAAAUGUGGGAUUCAUAUAGGCGACAAUAA